AUGACGCUAAAAUCGUUCCGGUACACGAUUGUGGGCAAACAGAAACCAAACUCAAGCUUCGACGCACUACGCAAAGGCGCUAAAGUCCAAGAGCAAGAUUCGACUCUUCCAUGCAAUGCUUUGCCUUCGCGUCGGCUUCACUUCGCGCUUCACCAGCGGAGCCUCGCUGUGUAUAGCAUUUGCUGCAUCCUCUUUGCCAUCACUCUUGCCGUUCUUUUCAGCAUCUCCCAGAGCAAUCAGGGUCUAGUGUCCCUUGAUGACCAGUUCUAUUACUCAUCAAUCGGAAACUCGAAGUCCGGCACACAGCGUACCAGCCCUGUGUAUUACGCGUGGAAAUACGGUCCGACUGCGGUCUUUACCCUCUUUGCUGUUUUCUGGGGCCAGGUCGAGUAUCAGGUCAAACGCGUCAUGCCAUGGAGACAGAUAGCCAGCGGCGCAUCCACUCCGGAAGAGGGCGCUCUGAUGGACUACAUAUCAUUGUCAUCGUUCGAUGCACUCUGGUCCUCGCUGAAGAAAUCGCAUUUCCUAGUUAGUACCGCUGUGGCCGGCACCAUCCUCAUCAAGCUUAUGAUCAUUCUUUCUACCGGCCUCUUUGCGGCCGCAAACAUCCCUUUGUCUGAUGAGCACGCGGCUCUACGAACCCUGGACGAUUUUCUCCCAAACGGAACCGGGCUGAACUCAGUCGAUGACGCCACAGCUAUAAUUGUCAAUAAUCUAUACGCUUAUGGCUCUCCCUUGCCAUUUGGAACUACGAAGGAGUACGCCUAUCAGAGAUUUGAAGCGACUACUGGUUCCCACACUUCGCUCAUCGCUGGUAAUGUAACCGUCUUCGACACAGACGUUGAGUGUGAGUCUGCCAGCCUAAACGGUCUGGAUAUUGACGGAAAGCGCCACGUUACACUUGCUACAUCCUCCUGCAACAUGACGUUUCCCUUGGCCUCGGAUUGCGGUUCCACCUCCCAAGGUGAUUACGCAUUAUAUACCUGCGAACGGUUUUCUCGUUGCGAUAGCGAUUCAGCCACAGAGUGGAGAUUUGCCCUCGCAGUGGUGAACAUUUCUGACAGCGAUCUACCUCUGAGAGUUGAUAGUUCAUUCGCUUUGAGCUGCAAGCCCCAAUACCAGCUUGAAGAAGCAACUGUCUCUUUGACACCGGAGUCGAUCAGCCGCAAUGAGCCUCACCAAAUCACGCCCAUUCUCGGAGCUGAGAUGCACCUGCCUGAAGUUCCCGUUGCAGAGUUUGGCCAAGCCGUAUUUAAGUCUUGGUCGUCGGCCUGGGAACCUCUUCUGAGUAAUGGUACUACGUGGCUAAAUUUGUUUUCCGUCUUCCCAGUAAUUGCACCAGAGACGAACUGGACGAAAAUGUGGCGACCAAGCGAUUAUGACCCACCUACUGUGGCAAACGUCUUCCGCGAAGUGCACGGCCUGAUCUCGAUACAAGUGGCGAAAAAAUACUUCAUGAUGUCGGCACAAGACGAAAUUACCGGAACUACAGUUUCAGUCGUCCCACGUCUGUUCCUCCGAGGCCCCGCGUUCUGGGCAACGGAAGCCAUUCUUCUACUCAUUGCCAUGUUUUCCCUUGUACUGGUGGGCCAAAGGAACUCGCUUUCGCUCGCGCCCACUUCCAGCUCUGUCAACUCUCUCGCCAGAGCGCUUUCCAGCCCAUCGAUGAUGCAGAUUCUCUCUGAGCCUGAAGCAUCGUGCCUACAUGACCCCGCAAGGGCCGAUCCCUCACAGACCAAUGAGUCACGCACUUCCGCAGAGGAUCAAGAUGUUUCUGAACUUGCAACUGAGUCACCAGAAGAUGGACAUCCUUGGUAUAGACCAUCUAUCCUUUCUUGGGGUUGGCGAGCUUUCGUCGGCGGUAUGCCCCUGAUAGUUAUUGUUAUUCUGGAAGCGACAUAUCGUUAUUCCACAACGCAUAAGGGCAUUUCAGAUGUCAGCGAUGGAGCCUUCGCUCACUACGCUUGGAGUUACAUUCCUGCUCUGGUUAUGGCUAUCAUUGGCAUAUCAUGCUCUGGAUUGGACUUCUCCAUCAGACUACUUGCUCCUUACCACACCCUGCGGCGCAAGCCAGUCUCGGCCCAGUCAGUCACAUCAGAGGACUUCCUUGCUAAAGUACCGCUGCAUGCGGCUGCUUCCGCGCUACGGACUAGUCAGCUCGUCGUCUUCAUGAUAUCUGCAGCAUCCAUACUGGCGCCGUUCUUGACAGUCGUUGUAGCGGGUGUCUUCUCCACCGUCAAGGUCCCCCAAAGCACCCCGAUCAGACUAUCGCAGCUGGACGAGUUCUCUCCUGCCAACGUAUCGGAACUUGACGCAUUAUCUUUCACCCCCAGCACAAUGGGUGAUCCAGGUCGAGGUCGCAUGACUGCAGGAUUCAUCAUGACUUCGAACCUCAGCUAUCCAAGGUGGACCCACGGCGUGUACGCAUUUCCGCAAGUGGAAAUAGCCCCGUCGACUGACCAGAACUCUUCAUCCGUCCCCAACAUGACAGAUCGAGUGCUAAAGGCACAAAUCCCCGCCAUCCGUGCCCGCGCAAACUGCACCCUGCUACCUUCCACCAUCGACGAUUCCGUAACAAGCAACCGCACUAGGUUGGAAAAGCUCAUACAGUGGUACAUACCCAACGCCACCUCGCCACUCCCCGUCCCCAGCAACGCCAGCAACCCCAAAUUCCAAGGCAGCAGCGACGACGACAAACCCUGGACCAGCGAUGCAGCGGGCGACGGCUACUUCGGCUACUGGUACACGGACGAGCUGCGCUUCGACGACUUCGACUACCACCCCGACGGCAGCUACAGUCCGUCCUGGAGCGCGCUCCCGGCCGCCUUCCCGCGCGCCCUCGCAGCCUUCGGCACCGUCCACGCAAACACCACCUCGAGCGUCACCCCGCUCUACUGCACGCCCUACCUCGCACGAACGACGCUAACCGCGCAGUUCCUGCUGCCAGACUUCGACCUCGACGCGGGGUCCCCGCUGCUCGAAGAGGAAGAACAUGUCGAAACGGUCUUCUCGCACGACUCAUACAUGUCGCUGCAAAGCGGCGACGAAUGGUCGAUCCCAGCCUCGUUCUCCGCCCUCGCCGCCGCGCAGCGCGCCGACUUCGCCGACUUCGCGCUGCUGGUGGCAUACGGCCUCGGCGGGACGCCCGUCGCCGAACUCGUCGACCCGCAGAAUGUGGACAAGCUCGUCGCCGCCAUCGACCACGCCUACGGCUUGUACAUGGCGCAGGUGCUCGCGACGCAGCGGCGGGCGUUUGUCGAUGACGAUCACGACGACGACGACACGGAGCAGCGGCGGCCCCUGCUGGAUGGGGUGCUGGUGGAUCCCGAUCGCUUGCGGCUGAGGCAGGAUGAGGUGUCGACGCGGGUGCUGCAGGCAGUGCUGGCGGCGGUGGCGGCGUGCGUUGUUGCGGCGUGUGUGGUGACGAGCGCGGAGAGGGUGGUGCCGAGGUGUCCGUGUAGUAUUGCGGGGUUUGCGGGGCUGGUGGAGGGGUCGGAGUGGCUGGCUGUCAUUAGGGAGCGGGUGGGGGCGCUGGAGGGGCGGGGGGAGGAGUUGGAGGAGGAAGCGCUUGAGAGGGAGGUGAUGGAGGGGUUGGUGUUGAGUUUGGGAUGGUGGGGAGAGGAGGGGAAGAGGAGGUUCGGUAUUGAUGUUGAAGGGGGGGAGGUGGGAGAGGGCUGA